AUGCUGGACUUGGCGAUACGGAAGCUUUUCACGAAGCUCCAUGUCUCCGGCGAGGUCAAGAAGCACCAGCAGAGACGAACGGACAGCAAAAAGCGCCGAAAUUGCUUCCCCGACAAUGUUUGGUAAGCAAGUUUCUUAUCGCAAUAGAAAUGAGCUGAUCGGCAAUCUCCAGUUUCAAGUCAAUCAAUCGGUUUCAACAAAUUCCCGUAUUGUAUAUGGUUGACCUUUUUUUAAGAAUGAUGAAAAUGAUUAGGAAGCUCAAACUUUGGAGCUUUUGAAGUUAGGAUCUCGCACGUUAUCAAUAAAUCAAAAUUAUUUAUUUAUUUUUAUUCAACUUUUGAAGCUCGGAUGCGUAAGAAUAUUUUAUAAUCAAGUUAAGAGCAAGAAAAAAGGGAUAAAGUUCGCAAAAAAAGCAAGAGGCCACUUUUUCUAUUUACCAAACAAGUUUUUCUUUGUAAAUAAGGGAAUCCAAUAAAAACGAGAAGAAAAAUUAAUACGAUUGUUAAAACUAGCAUGUAUCGAUCGGUAAGUAUUUGAGAGAGAUGUUUUUUUCCUAAAACCAGCUCCCGAAAAUUGAGUUAUCUCAUCAACAGUAAAAUAUAAUGACGUUUUUUUGUUGAAGAAGUUCUUUGAAAAAGUUCUGAAAAAUAUCUCUAAAAAAAGUUAUGUCAUCUGCAGAGACACCGCUAUCUAAAAAUAGCAACUCGUGGGGUGGUCGAUCAUUGAAUAUUUGGAAAAGUUGUUGAUUUGCUAAAAAUAUCGAGAAAGAUAGGAUGGGUCAUCUUCAAAGGUGACGCUAAAAAUAGACCUCUGCAGUAUUUCUCGAACACAGUUUACGAUCUCAGUUCAUCGCUUUCCUUAUCAAAACGUGUCCCGAAUUCCAGCAGAGAGACUUUACAGCUAAAGUUACGAACACUAAUUCCAGGAGCAAAAUCCUCGAUGAGCUGUCCCCUUUCGAACAAGCAAGGAUGCGUGCCGUCAACACCAAGCUUCGGAAUCUGGUCGACGAACGACGUCGUCGGAUUCUCUACCUCGACGUGCUGCGGAUGGACGUCGGCCAGCUUCUGGCUCCUGCCGUCGCCGACGACGGAGAGUUCUUCCGUCAUCCCGCAGGACGACUAGUCCUCCACAUCGAGUCGCGCUCCGCUCUCAUCGUCGUUGACGCUCAUUGGACGACUCGCGACGCCGUCCGAACUCUCGGAGCCGUCCGACACUUUGGCGCCUUCGCUCGCACCGUCACUCUUGACGCCUCCGUCGCCGAACUUUGCGUCGCCGGCCAGAUCACCAACGACAUUGCUCAUUGGUUCGUCUUCCAAGCCGCCGCCGGCACUUCGGAUCCAGUUUGUCCUUCGCAGGUUGGUUGUGCUCAGAAAGAUCAACUGAUCAGAGCGAAAAGUUGGACUCUGAUCAGGUCGCUGUAAAGGUCAAUAAGAGCUCGAGCCGGGGUGCAGCUGUUUGUGGCCUUUCUCACUGAUUUCUCUUGUGGUGUUAUUUUUGGUAUAUCUCAGGAUCAUGAGUUCAAAUAACUUCGGAGGAAAAGUUUAGGACAGGAGCGAAAAAUCAUCGCUGUUUUCAAAAUGAAUUUCCUUCAAGGCUAUUGAUGAGAAGAUUGAGAGUCAGUAUAUUUUCAGAUGCCAAGUUGGAUUCCUGAUAAAUCGAGAAUCCGUGCCGUCCGUGCCGUAGAAGAAGAUCACGUCGCGGCGCUCAGAGAAUGGAAUCCCAGAACUCAAGUUCUUCCUUUCGGACCCCUCUUCCCUUACGCCAAGGAGGUUCGUUUCAACUUCCAUAUCGAAAAAUGAAUAAAUGAAGUGUUGAAAAAAACCACACAAGAACCAAAAAAUAAAUAAAUACUCACAAAUAAGCAAACAGAUUUUCAAUAUCCGGUUCGACGCAUUAUUUCUAUUUAUCUUCUCUGUAAGCGUAGCUCCUUAAAAAAAUAAGUUUGAUCUCACUUGGGACCUCAAAAAUACAAACUUUUUCUGAAAUAUUGGAUUACGGAACGAAAAUGACCCGUUCUUACACAAAAACCGCUUGCCGAGGUUCAAGUUUCUCGACAAGGUUCAAGUUAACAACAGGAUUUUAAUGAGAAAUUCCACAUUUUAGUGUAUUUCGCCACUUUUUGUAACCUUUUUUGAUAAGGUUUUAGAUUAUCACAAAAUGCUGGAAGAAACAAAAAAAUGAAAGUUACUUAUAGGAAUAUUCCAAAGUGUAUUAUUUUCAUUAUUUUUAGUUUGCGAGUUGUUCAAAAAGGCUUCGGGAAAUUCUUUUGAACUUUGCCCAUUCGAUUUUUAUCCGUUAGGUUGAGAUAUAAUUACAAAAAAUUCUUCCCUCACGAUAUUUGGACAAUAAUUCAGCUCAAAUAUUUUGUUCUUUUCAGUUGACGCUUCGGUCUUCAAUACCACAACUGCGUCGUCUGAGACGAUUCUUCGUCUACAGGUGCCCUCCGAAAUACCUGUUCGAUCCUUGCGCGCUGAACCUCUUGCGCGUGACGAUCAGCAACGGCGCAGGCCGACGGAAACAGUCGCCGACCUCUCUGAAACUGCGACCCUUCUAUCGCUGGGCCAACACCGCCAAGCUCGGACCGCGAUUCGCCGUACAGUUCUCUUAG